UUGAAAAGGGGACAAAGGAAAACUGGUACUAACAGGACUUUCCAGUCUGUUUCUGGCGGUGAGUCCAGAAAGAUGCCUCAGGUCCCGCUGUUCACCUGCCUCUUCAUUACGGUCACCCCACUGUCAUCCCUGGCCCUCGAUCCUUGUUCUGCUUACAUCAGUCUGAAUGAGCCCUGGAGGAACACGGACCAUGAGCUUGAUGAGUCUCAAGGUCCACCUCUGUGUGACAACCACGUGGAUGGGGAGUGGUACCGCUUCACAGGCAUGGCAGGGGAUGCCAUGCCCACCUUCUGCAUACCAGAGAACCACUGUGGGACCCACGCACCCGUCUGGCUCAAUGGGAGCCACCCACUACCAGGCGAUGGCAUCGUGCAACGCCAGGCCUGUGCAAGCUUCAAAGGAAACUGCUGCCUCUGGAACACCACUGUGGAGGUCAAGGCUUGCUCUGGGGGCUACUAUGUGUAUCGACUGGCCAAGCCCAGCGUCUGCUUCCAUGUCUACUGCGGGCAUUUUUACGACAUCUGUGAUGACGACUGCAACGGCAGCUGCUUGGACACCAGCGAGUGCACGUGCUCUCCCGGAACCGUGCUGGGCCCUGACGGCCAGACAUGCUUUGAUGAAAAUGAAUGUGAGCGCGACAACGGUGGCUGCAGUGAGAUCUGCGUGAACCUCAAACACGCCUACCGCUGUGAGUGCGGGGCUGGCCGCGUGCUCGCCAAGGACGGCAAGACCUGUGAAGAUAUUGAAGGAUGCCAUAAUAACAAUGGUGGCUGCAGCCAUUCUUGCCUUGGGUCAGAGAAGGGCUACCAGUGCGAAUGUCCCCGGGGCUUGGUGCUGUCUGAGGACAACCACACUUGCCAAGUCCCCGUGUUGUGCAAGUCAAGUGCCAUCGAAGUGAGCGUCCCCAGGGAGCUGGUUGGUGGCCUGGAGCUCUUCCUGACCAACACCUCCUGCCGAGGAGUGUCCAACGGCACCCACGUCAACAUAGUCUUCUCUCUCAAGACGUGUGGCACAGUGGUCGAUGUGGUGAAUGACAAAAUCGUGGCCAGCAACCUGGUGACAGGUCUACCCAAGCAGACCCCAGGCAGCAGUGGGGACAUCAUCAUACGGACCAGCAAACUGCUGAUCCCGGUGACCUGUGAGUUCCCGCGCCUGUACACCAUUUCGGAAGGAUACGUUCCCAACCUUCGAAAUGCCCCGCUGGAAAUCAUGGGCCGGAAUCAUGGCAUCUUCCCGUUCACCCUGGAGAUCUUCAAGGACAAUGAGUUUGUAGAGUCAUACCGGGAAGCUUUGCCCACCCUCAAACUUCGCGACUCCCUCUACUUUGGCAUUGAGCCCCUGGUGCACGUGAGCGGCCUGGAGAGCCUGGUGGAGAGCUGCUUUGCCACCCCCACUGCCAAGGUCGACGAGAUCCUCAAGUACUACCUGAUCCAGGACGGCUGCGUCUCAGAUGACUCCGUGAAGCAGUACUCGUCCCGGGAUCACCUAGCCAAGCACUUCCAGGUUCCGGUCUUCAAGUUUGUGGGCAAAGACCACAAGGAGGUGUUCCUGCACUGCCGGGUUCUUGUCUGCGGGAUGCUGGACCAGCGUUCCCGUUGUGCCCAGGGUUGCCACCGGCGAGUGCGGCGCGCGACAGAGGAAGGAGAGGACGCUGCGGAACUGCAGAGCCACAUGCUUACCGGUGGCCCUAUCCGCAUCGACUGGGAGGACUAGUUGGUUGCAAUACCUGAGUCCCUGCCUUGGGCUACUCUCCUUUCUGGAACUUCCCCCCACAACCUCUAAAAACAUCCCAGAACCUCCUAGAACACCUGCCUGCUUUAAACCGGGUAUUUUGGUUUUACACAGACUCCCAGAAGGACUCGCUAAUUCUGGUUCAUUGGGUCGGAAGAGGUCACAGCGCUGCUGACCAGCGCAGCCUGGGUGGGGCUUCAGCUUCCUAAUGUAGAAGGCUCAGCAGUCACACGGAAGGCUCCUCCCAUCCCUUCCGUUUCUUUCCCACAAUUAAAUAACUCAUGUAUGACGCAAUAGGGCACUAAAAUCAGAACCUGGGUAUGAUGUUUGGAGUUAGAAGCCUAAAAGAAACUAAAUAGUUACUAAAAGUAUGUCCUAAAUACUGAGACUCCCUAAAUAUGUAAAAAUAAUUAUACCCUGAAAACUCAAUUCAAAUAGACUUCAAAUAGAAUAGAGGAUUUGGAAGCUCAUCAAUAAAACAAUGUGUAAUAAGAACAUGCUAUUUGGUUUUUCUCUUGCAUAAUAUUUUCUUUUUGAUGUUUUAUAUUGCCUUAAGUGGAAUAUUUUUACUUAAUAGAUAUUAAUAAAUUCACCAACAGGCAUUGAAGUGGUUUGGUAACUGAACUAUAAACAAAAUUAGUUUAGUAUCAUAUGUCCUGAGAAUUGGUAUUCGAUGCCCUUAGGUCAGUAAGACAAUAGAAAAAGGUAUAAAAUUAUAUCAUACUCUAUUUCAUAGGUGCUUAAUCAAUUUUAUUGAAAUAAACAUCAUAAACUACAAAGAUAAAUGUUAUCUGCAUCAAAUCCACUUUCUUGAUAUGUCACCUAAUAUUAUGACUUUUUAUGUUAAGAUCAAGAAAAGUGUUUCUUCUUUUUCUUCUUAAAAGAAGCUACAAUUGGGCUGGGGUUGUGGCUCAGGGGUAGACUGCUUGCCUAGCAUG